GAUCAAUCCUGGAUCGGUGAGAAUUAUACCAUGUCUAUCGUCUAUCGUCUAUCUCGGCCCAGUUAUCCAGGUACCCAGGGGUCAGGGUGAUCGUGAUAGGGCUCCUAGCCGAACAUUUCUUAUAAAUUGUGACUGGGCGUCCCUCGGCUUUAUUUAUUUUUGUUUUGUUUUAUUUUGUUUUUGUCUCUUCAAACUCACAUUACACCCGGUCGUGACAAUCGCCGCCUUCGCCAUGUCUUCCUUCGUGCGGCCGCUGCUGCUUGUGGCUGCAGCAUCUCGCGGAUUAGCUCAGUUCGUGGCGCCGCCAACCUCUCUCAAAGAGGUUAUUGGCCACGCUGGCGUUCCCGUUCGAUACAAGGAGGUACCUGCGGGGACGUGCGAGCUGGAUCCCAGCGUGAAGAGUUACUCGGGAUAUGCCGACGUCGGGGAAGAUGAACACAUCUUCUGGUGGUUUUUCGAGUCCCGCAACCAAGAUCCUGCGGAGGCUCCCUUGACCGUCUGGAUCAACGGUGGCCCGGGCUCCAGCUCUAUGAUUGGCCUCUUCGAGGAGUUGGGUCCGUGCCGUGUCGAUUACUUCGGCAAGGUCUACAAUAACCCCUACUCUUGGUCCAACGUGAGCAACUUGCUCUUCAUAGACCAACCCACCCAGGUCGGCUUUUCCUACUCUAAGCCGGUCAACGCCUGGCAUUCCGACGGCAACAUCGUAGUAUUGCCAGAUGCCACAUGUCCCGACUAUGCGCCUGCUGGCUCGUGCGGGACCUAUUCUUACCCGAAUCUCACGCUGACUGCGAACUCCACCACCAAUGCUGCUCCUAACUUCUGGAAGACCCUGCAAGGUUUCAUGGGCGCAUUCCCCAAGUACUCGCGAAACGGCUUUCACUUUGCGACGGAAAGUUAUGGCGGCCACUACGGACCUAUCUUCAACGCCUAUAUCGAGGAGCAGAACGCUAAGAAUAUCUCGGGCGCGAAGGAGAUCCAGCUGGAGUCGGUCUUGAUCGGCAACGGAUGGUACGACCCGAUACUCCAGUAUCAAGCCUAUUACAACUUCACCGUCUUUCCGGGAAACACGUACGACUACGCUCCCUUUAACGCGUCCAUAGAAUCCAUGUUCUACAACAACUUGUACGGACCCGGGAACUGCCUCGACCGGCUGAAGGACUGCAAGGCCACGGGGUCGAACGACAUCUGCCGCAGCGCGGACAGCUUCUGCGCCAACCUGGUGGAGUCCGUCUACGACAACGUGCUCGGCCGCGACGAGUACGACAUGCGGGAGCUCGUGCCCGACCCGUUCCCCUACGGGUUCUACCAGGACUACCUGAACUCGGCGGAGCUGCAGGCUGCGAUCGGCGCGUAUACCAACUUCUCGACGUCCUCGAACGCCGUCGGCACCGCGUUCGACGGCACGGGGGACGACAGCCGGGAGAUGGGCACGGUCGAGGCGCUCCGGUACCUGAUCGCGAAGAAUAUUACCAUCGCGAUCUACGCCGGCGACGCAGACUACAACUGCAACUGGCUCGGGAACGAGGCGGUGGUGGAGGAGGUCGCGGCGCCGGGCUUCUCGCGGGCCGGGUACGCGGACGUCGUGACGAGCGACAACGUGACGCACGGGCAGGUCAAGCAGUCCGGCAAGUUCAGCUUCACGCGGAUCUACGAGAGCGGCCACGAGGUGCCCUUCUACCAGCCCCUGGCGGCCCUCGAGUUCUUCGAGCGCGUCAUCCAGGGCCGCGACGUCCGGACCGGAAAGCAGGUCGUGGGCUCGGAUUACCGCACGCAGGGGACCAAGAAGAGCACGUACCGGCAAGGGAACAGCACGGUCCAGUGGAAAGUGCUGCCCGCUAACGCCACCUACGACGUCAAGACGAACAAGCCGGGUGGAGUUUGGCAGCAGCAGCAGCAGGCCGUGCUUAUGAAGAAGAGCUUAAAGACACAUCUAGGACGUCGUGGGAGGUAAGAUCGAGAGUAUCAAUACAAGAUGCUUCUCGGACCUCAGGUGAGACCUAUAUAGUCGUAGACUUAAUAGUUUAAUAAAGUAAUCAACUAACUAUCA